AUGCGCGCCACCACCAUUCUCAGCGUGUUUGGCCUCAUGGCCGCCGCCGCCUUCGCCGCACCCGCCGAUGAGGCCUUGACCGACCGCUCUAUCGAGAAGCGGUGCCCCAACCCCGGCUCCCAGAUCGCCUGCGAGCAGGCUUGCGUCAGCGUCGUCCGCAGGGCCUGCUCGUCCUGCGGCGGCAACCCCAGCUGCCAAAUCGCUUGCGAGCGCGUGCGUUAUGACUCCUGCUACAGCUGCUGCGACAGGAGAUGUUCGACCUGCUGA